CCUCCAAUGCCUGCCUUUAUUGCAUUCACAUUCGUUUUCCUUCUCUCACGCCACUGUUCCUCCUUUCCUUUUCAUUCAUUUCUUCUUUUUCCCCCUCCUAGAGCAAGAAGAAAGAUCAGCGAAGCCGCCCAGAAAACCACAAGAACCAUUUCGUUUUCCACCUGCAACACCCAUCGUCCCUAAUCCAGAUCCAAUCUCACGACCCUUUUCCCAAAAUCCACAAUCAAGAUCAUUCAAAGUCUCAUUUCCCCCACAAACCAAUCCCAAUUCAAAUAUUUGACUCUCUAGCUGUUUUCCCCUUUGAAAAAAUCCGCCAUGCUCGCACAUUCGCACAAAGCCGUGUCGCUGACCCAUGUCCGAUACCAGAAGGGCGACCGGUUGGGUCACUUCCUGGCAUGGGUGUCUCUGAUUCCCGUCUUCAUCAGCUUCGGCGGCUUCAUCACGCAUUUCAUCUUCCGUCGCGAGCUACAGGGUAUGUUCUUCGCCCUCGGCCUCAUAAUUUCCCAAUUCAUCAACGAGCUCAUCAAGACAUCCGUCCAGCAGGCCCGCCCCGAGACCUGCGCGAUGCUCGAGAUGUGCGAUUCCCACGGUUGGCCCUCCAGCCACUCCCAGUACAUGUUCUUCUUCGCCGUCUACAUCACUCUGCUCACGCGAAAUCAGAUGGGGCUGUGGACGCUGAAGUACAAGUGGAUUCUGGGUUCUGUUCCCUGGUUUUUGGCCCUUUUCACUAUGUACUCCAGGGUUUAUCUGGGGUACCACACCGUUGCGCAGGUUUUCGCCGGGGCUGCUCUUGGGAUUGUUCUUGGGGCGUUGUGGUUCUGGGUAGUCAAUUCUUUUCUGUGUUGUUUUUUCCCGAUGAUCGAAGAGAGCGCGUUCGGGAGGUUCUUUUAUGUCAAGGAUACUUCUCAUAUCCCCAAUGUGCUAAAGUUCGAGUACGACAAUGCCAGAGCUGCUAGAAAAGAUAUGAACUGCAAGUGCGAAUGAUGGAAGAUCAAUUAGGUGAACUUAUCUGAAUUUGUGAUCCAGGAUUCUUCAGAGUGCCAUACUUGUUUGGUAGAACUAUCAUUCAGGAAGUAUGUUGGAAGGAUUAGAGGUACGAUAUAAUUAGAAAGCAAACUAGGAGGAUACUCCUGGAUGUUCUCUAUUGAAAGAACAGCUGCAGGAAAUCUGCCCCUCUAUACAUCAUAAGUUUGUAUUCAAAGAAAGAUGCAAGAAAUCUGCCUAUCUGCCUCUCUUUAUACACUCUUAACUGUUAAAGAUAUUCUCCAGUUCUCAAUCACAUAUAUGGCGUUUCUAUAAUCUGUGUUGUGCCAUUUAUGCAAACACAACACGACUUCAUCUGGGCUCA